ACCAAGUUAAGGAAUUCUAUAAUAGAAGUAUGUGAAGAUAUUAUGGAAGCACAGGGAAUAUAGUGACUAACUUGGCCUGAAGUGGAAGUAGAGGCUAAUCAGGAAAGUCUUCAUAAAGGAAGUGACAUCAGCAGAGGCUUUAAGGGCAGGUAAAGAAUGGAAGAAAGAGCAUUGUUAGUGGCAUUUCUAACAUGUAUAAAGGGUCUUUAAAAAACAUGAUAUAUUCAAAGAAUGGAAAAUAGAUUAUUGUGGCUAUAGAGUUUAUGAGAGAUGAGUGACAGUAGAUGAAUCUACAGGGAUGAUUUGGUGCCAGAAAAAGCAUUGUGUAUCACAACCAAGAAAUUUGAAACUCAUUAUAUAGGUACCAAGAAGUGAAAGUAUGAUUAAGUCUUGGAAAAAUAACACUGACUGUAAUAUAGCCUUUGAUUUUGGAGUAGGGGAUAGAGAAGAUGGUAAAACUGUGCUAAUGGUUCAAAUGAUAGAAAGGCAUUUAGUGAUAAUUGUAGUGGGCUUGGGUCAGGGAGAGAUCAACUUUAAGAGCUAUUUUAGAGGAUGAAACAACAUGAUUUGGUGCCUGGCUGGGAUAUGGAGAAAGGAGUCAGAGUUGCAGUGACUUGAGUAGUGACAUACCAGAAGGCAGGUUUGGGAUAAGCACAGAAGAUGAACUUGGUCUGUUAAGUUUGAAGUGCUGAUAGUACAUUCAGGUAGAGGUAUCCAGUAUGCCAAGUGGAAAUAUAGGAAUGGACCUUAGGAGAGUGUCAUACUAGAGAGUUCCACAACUUGUCUUUCCUGUCACAUACACAUAUGUCAUAUGCCACAGGUGUAUAUACACAUACACAUUCAUACACACACACACACACACACACACACACACACACACAUGCUAGUUGAUCCUCUUUAUUCAUGGCUUUCAUUUUUGCAAAUUUAUCUGCUUGCUAAAGUUUAUUUGCAACCCCCAAAUCAAUAAUUAUGGUGCUUUCACAGUCAUUUGUAGAUAUACUCAAGAGCGGUGAAAAAGUGAAUUACCUGGGGGCACCUGGCUGGCUCAGUCAGUGGAGUGUGUGGAUUCUUGAUCCUGUUCAAGCCCCACGUUAGGUACAGAGAUGACUUAAAAAAAAAAAAAUGAGUUGCCUGCUGUGUACAUUUUUAGCUGAGGUUGAACAAGGUGACAUUUGCCUUCUUGUUUUAACUCUCAUACUGUAAUCUAGUGUUCUUUUUGCAGUCUCCUUAGUGCCACAUUUUUCAUAAUCUUUGUGCCUUUUUGAGGUGAUUAUGCUGUCCUCCAAAUGUGCUGAAGUGAUGUGUAGUGUUACUAAAUACAACAGGGUUGUGAUAUGCCCUAGGGAGACUAUAUGUGUGUUAGAUAAACUUUGUUCAGUCAUGAAUUAUGCUGUUGAGUUCAAUUUUAAUGAAUCAACAAUAUAUAUUAAAUAAGAUGUUUUUUACACAGAAAUACACAUAAAACAAACUUUGUGUAAUGAUCGGUCGGUGAAAAUGUAAUCAGAGGCUUAUAAGAACUUAACCCUAUAUUUUUCAUUUCCUGGAAGCAAUAGAAGCACAGUAUUCACUGAUUCAUUGUUUGUGGGAACUAUAGAACAUAACUACUACAAAUUCUCACAAAUAUUGAGAAUUGGCUGUGUAUGUAUAUAAAAUCUGCUAUUUUUUUAGUGAAUAAUUUUUACAUUUGUACAGUACAGACAUUAGCCCCAAUGUAUGGGUAAGAUUAUGAUCACAAGAAAUAUAGAACUCUCUCUUCUUGUUGAAAAAUAAAUACAUACCAGACAAAAACAGUUUGCUGUUUUAGAUCAGAUAGAUGAGUCUAUAUUCCUUCCCUAAGCCAGAGGGGUUUUUCAUAAAAUGGAGUAUUGAAGAAAUUCAGCUGACAUUGGCUGACAGCAUCUAAAUGAUCAUCUGCAGCACACUUGAGCAUACGUGGUUGUCAUAUUCUCGGGCUGCCAGCUUCUUUUAUAGCUUGGUGUUACUCUCUUUAGCAAGCUUGCAACAUUUUCAGUCCCUCUUCUCUGACAGAAAUUUAUUUUACAAUGAUGUUUAUGUGUGAGGGGAUUUCAUAAUCGAAGACGAGUGUUUGUGCGUUCAUAUCUGUCAGUUUGCUUGAAUACAACAUUCAAAAGGGUUUUUUAGCCUUGCAUUCACGAAUGUUGGUUCAUUUCAGUAGGGGCAUUUUAAAAUGACAGGUAUUAUGUGAGAGUGAGAAUUACCCAUAUCUUCUGACAUAACAUCAGUGUUAUCUUGAGAAUUAAUAUUCAGCUUUGUAUCUCACUUUUUACUGUCUGCAAACCUGAAAGCAAGGAAUUGGCAUUUACAGAGUCAAGGACAAGAAGACAUACAACUCCAUGCAAAUGACUUUUAACACUCCAAGUACUUCUGUGCUUUGUCAGCAGGAAAAGAAUAUUUGAAGUCCACUCCUAAGGAAAGAAAAGGAAGCAAUGACAUAAUGCCUAGAGUUGGAACCAGUUAAACUGGUAAACAUUGCUGUCUUCUGAAAAUAAGUUAAGGAAUGAGAGGCAAGGAAGAAAGUACAUUCAUCCUGGAAGGACCCAAAGCACUUUGAAACUGUAAACGAAUGUAAUGAUAGCUGCUAAAACCACCUUUGUCACCAUAAUGGAUGAAGAACUGCAAAUUUAAACGAUUGAUCAUACUUACAAGAGCUGCUAUGAUACAUAGGGGAGGUGAAAACUGAUGGAUGAAAGUUUUGCUAUGCACUGAAAGGAAAGCAUUGUCUGUGAAGGUCUUUUCUUAAAAAUGUCUGCUUGUAACACCUUUACUGAACACGUGUGGAAACCUGGUGAAUGCAAGAACUGCUUUAAGCCUAAAAGCUUACACCAGCUCCCCCCAGACCCUGAGAAGGCACCCGCCACCCAUGGCAAUGUGAAAACUAAUGCCAAUCACAGUAAUAACCACCGCAUGAGGAACACUGGGAAUUUCCGUCCUCCUGUGGCUAAAAAACCCACUAUAGCUGUGAAACCCACUAUGAUGGUGGCAGAUGGGCAGAGUGUAUGUGGUGAACUUAGUAUCCAAGAACACUGUGAGAACAAACCUGUCAUCAUAGGGUGGAACCGAAACAGGACGGCCUUGAAUCAGAAACCACUUAAUAAUAAUAAUGAAGAUGAUAUUGAAGGAUUUAGCCAUGUUCCUAAGCCCUAUGGCAAUAAUGAUAGUGCAAAGAAGAUACCAAAUAACAAUAAUGGUCUAACUGAUGUGUUAAAAGAGAUAGCAGGCUUGGAUACCACCCCUCAGAUGAGAGGAAAUGAAACAAACUCCAGAGAAACAUUCUUAGGAAGAAUAAAUGAUUGCUAUAAAAGAUCAUUGGAAAGAAAGCUUCCACCAAGUUGCAUGAUGGGCGGUAUAAAGGAUACUCAGGGCAAGCAUGUUAUUCUGAGUGGGAGCACAGAAGUGAUCAGUAAUGAAGGGGGCCGGUUCUGUUACCCAGAGUUUUCUAGUGGUGAGGAGAGUGAGGAAGAUGUACUUUUCAGUAACAUGGAGGAGGAGCAUGAGAGCUGGGAUGAGAGCGACGAAGAGCUGCUGGCCAUGGAGAUUCGCAUGAGAGGGCAGCCCCGCUUUGCUAACUUCAGGGCAAAUACUCUGUCUCCUGUUCGAUUCUUUGUGGACAAAAAAUGGAAUACUGUCCCCCUGCGAAAUAAGUCUCUGCAGAGAAUCUGUGCUGUAGACUAUGAUGACAGUUAUGAUGAAAUCCUAAAUGGUUAUGAAGAGAAUUCUGUGGUCUCCUGUGGACCAGGAAGCAUGCAGAGCAUGGUGUCAUCUGACUCUACAUCACCAGACUCUUCUUUAACAGAAGAGUCACGUUCUGAGACAGCCAGUGGUUUAUCCCAGAAGGUAUGUAAUGGAGGAGUAUCUCCUGGUAACCCGGGAAAUUCUAAGGACAUGAAGGAAAAUGAGCCCAAUUAUGAAAGUCUCUCUGGUAAUAAUCAGGAAAAGGACUCCUCACAAGCACCUAAAAGCUCAGUAAAAGUUCCAGAAACACACAAAGCAGUCCUUGCUCUCCGAUUAGAAGAGAAGGACGGCAAGAUUGCCGUACAGACUGAGAAGCAAGAAAGUAAAGCCUCUACCGAUAUUGCUGGGCAAGCAGUAACCAUUAACCUUGUCCCCGUAGAAGAGCAAGCAAAGCCCUACCGAGUUGUGAAUCUGGAACAGCCACUGUGCAAGCCAUAUACUAUCGUGGACGUGUCGGCAGCCAUGGCCACUGAGCACCUCGAGGGCCCUAUUACCAGCCCCAAGACAAAAAUCUCCUCUUCUACUCCAAACUCUCCGAUGACAUCACCUGCAUUGACGUCAGGACAAAUAAGUGCCCACUUCCAAAAAUCCAGUGCAAUACGAUACCAGGAAGUAUGGACUUCCAGUACCAGUCCACGACAAAAGAUACCCAAGGUGGAAUUAAUUGGUGGUGGAACUGGACCAAAUGUCCCUCCAAGGAAAAACUGUCACAAGUCAGCACCUACUUCACCGACAACUACAAACAUUUCCUCUAAAACCAUCCCUGUUAAGUCACCCAAUUUGUCUGAAAUCAAAUUUAAUAGUUAUAACAAUGCUGGUAUGCCACCUUUUCCAAUCAUCAUUCACGACGAGCCAACCUAUGCUCGGAGUUCUAAAAAUGCCAUCAAAGUUCCCAUUGUAAUCAACCCAAAUGCAUAUGACAAUCUAGCCAUUUAUAAAAGUUUUCUUGGAACAAGUGGAGAACUCUCAGUGAAGGGAAAAACCACAAGUGUAAUAAGCCAUACUUAUGAAGAAAUAGAAACUGAAAAACUGUCCGAUAACACCACUAGCAAACCUACUGAGUGCCCCCAAGCCAAAGGGCUUUCAAGUAGCACAGAGCGUAAAAGGGGCUCAGUGGCUCAAAAGGUUCAGGAGUUUAACAGCUGUCUGAACAGAGGUCAGUCUUCACCACAGAAAAGUUAUAGUUCUGGCCACAGCUCCCCAACAAAGAUCCAGAGAACCACUCAAGAACCUGUGGCCCAAAUAGAAGGCACUCAGGAGUCUCAGACGGUCAGCAGCAGCAGCAGCACCAGCACCAGAGAGAAAGCAAGCACAGUGCUUUCUCAGAUUGUGGCUUCUAUCCAACCACCACAGUCUCCUCCAGAAAUGCCCCAGUCUGGCCCUAAAGCAUGCAGUGUGGAAGAGCUCUAUGCAGUCCCUCCAGAUGCUGACGCUGCUAAGAGUACACCAGUCCGACCCAAGUCUCUCUUUACGUCUCAGCCCAGUGGGGAGGCUGAAGCCCCUCAGACCACAGAAAGUCCCACUGCCAGAGUACGGAAAGACCCACUCGCAAAGCCAGUCACUGCCCCUCUCUCCAAGUUAGUGGCUAACUCCCAGGGUGAGCCACCCCCUCCCUUCCCCCCACCUCGUUCUACUUCCUCCCCUUACCAUGCGGGCAACCUUUUGCAGAGGCAUUUCACCAACUGGACCAAGCCAACCAGUCCUACCAGGUCAACGGAAGCUGAAUCAGUUUUGCACUCUGAAGGCAGCAGGCGGGCAGCUGAUGCAAAACCUAAACGCUGGAUAUCAUUUAAAAGCUUCUUCCGCCGCCGGAAAACAGACGAGGAGGAUGACAAAGAGAAAGACCGAGAGAAAGGGAAACUGGUGGGCCUGGAUGGCACAGUCAUCCACAUGCUGCCGCCUCCUCCAGUUCAGCGCCAUCACUGGUUCACAGAGGCAAAAGGACAGUCCAGUGAGAAGCCAGCCAUUGUCUUUAUGUACAGGUGUGAUCCUGCCCAAAGCCAGCUCAGUGUGGAUCAGAAGGCCAGAGCAGACCAGUCAGCACUUGUAGAAAAAGAUGGGACAGAGGAUGGGUUACUACAGGACUCAGAGAAGAAGAAAAGGAGUCAUUCUUCUCCGUCACAGAUCCCUAAAAAAAUUCUCAGUCACAAAACCCAUGAAGUGACAGAGGAUUUUUCUCCUCGGGAUCCAAGAUCUGUUGUUGUGAGGGAAGAUGAUGGAGGCUGUGCUUCUGUCCCAGCAGCAUUGCCCCUACCUGAACUGGAAAGGGAAGAGGAAAAAGAAGAUGUUUCAGAUACUCUUGACAUGAAUCCCUGUAGUGCAACCUAUAGCAACUUAGGGCAAUCUAGAGCAGCCAUGAUACCACCCAAGCAUCCACGGCAGCCUAAGGGAACUUUGGAUGAUGCUGUUGUCUUUAGUGGGAAAACAGAUGAAGAAACACCGAAUGCUUCCCAACCUACACCACCCCCACUGCCAAAGAAAACGAUCAUAAGAGCCAAUACAGAACCAAUCCCCAAAGACCUCCAAAAAUCCAUGGAAACAAGUCUUUGUGUAAUGGCUAAUCCCACCUAUGAUAUCGACCCCAACUGGGAUGCCAGUAGUGCUGGCUCUUCCAUCAGUUAUGAACUCAAGGGACUGGACAUUGAGUCUUAUGACUCCUUGGAAAGACCUUUGCUCAAGGAGAGACCUGUCCCCUCAGCAGCAAACAGUAUCUCCAGCUUAACCACUCUCAGUAUUAAGGAUAGAUUUUCCAACAGCAUGGAGUCCCUAUCCAGCCGGCGUGGUCCCUCUUGCAGACAGGGCCGAGGCAUACAGAAGCCACAGAGACAAGCACUUUAUAGAGGACUUGAGAAUCGGGAAGAAGUGGUGGGUAAAAUCCGAAGCCUUCAUACAGAUGCCUUGAAAAAACUGGCUAUUAAAUGUGAAGACCUCUUCAUGGCUGGACAGAAAGAUCAGCUCCGUUUUGGGGUGGACAGCUGGUCAGACUUCAGGCUGACUAGUGACAAACCGUGUUGUGAGGCAGGUGAUGCAGUUUACUACACAGCUUCAUAUGCAAAAGAUCCACUUAACAACUAUGCAGUCAAGAUCUGUAAGAGCAAAGCUAAAGAAUCUCAGCAGUAUUAUCACAGCUUGGCUGUCCGGCAGAGUCUGGCUAUCCAUUUCAACAUCCAACAGGACUGUGGGCAUUUCCUUGCUGAAGUCCCUAAUCGUCUGCUUCCCUGGGAGGAUCCUGAUGCCCCUGAAGAGGAAGAGGAUGAAAUGAAAGAGGCUGAAGAAGAGGUAAAAGGAGAAACUGAUGGGAAAAGCCCAGAGCCCUGCUCUGAAACAGAGUCAUCCCAGAAAGAAAGCCAGGGGGUCAUUAGCAAGAAGCAGAGAAGCCACGUUGUGGUCAUCACCAGAGAGGUUCCCUAUCUCACCGUGGCUGAUUUUGUGCGAGACUCUCUGGCCCAGCACGGGAAAAGCCCUGAUUUAUAUGAGAGACAAGUGUGUCUGCUACUCUUACAGCUGUGCUCUGGCCUUGAGCACCUCAAACCCUACCAUGUCACUCACUGCGAUCUUCGUCUGGAGAACCUGCUGCUUGUCCACUACCAGCCAGGGAGAACCACCCAGGGCCUUGGGCCUACAGAGUCCAGCCCCACCUCGUCUUGCCCCACAAGGCUCAUAGUGAGCAAUUUCUCUCAGGCCAAGCAGAAGAGCCAUCUGGUGGACCCUGAGAUCCUCCGGGACCAGUCCCGCCUUGCUCCAGAGAUCAUAACAGCCACCCAGUAUAAAAAGUGUGAUGAGUUCCAGACAGGCAUCCUCAUCUAUGAGAUGCUGCACCUGCCCAACCCCUUUGAUGAGAACCCAGAGCUGAAGGAGAAAGAAUACACUCGAGCAGACCUGCCUCGCAUCCCACUCCGCUCCCCCUAUUCCCGGGGCCUACAGCAGCUGGCCAGCUGCCUCCUCAAUCCCAACCCUUCUGAGCGGAUCCUCAUUUCAGACGCCAAAGGCAUCCUCCAGUGUCUACUCUGGGGCCCCCGGGAGGAUCUCUUCCAGACUUUCAUGGCCUCUCCUAGCCCAACGCAGAGGAGCGCCCUUCUCCAAAACUGGCUAGACAUCAAGCGAACACUGCUGAUGAUCAAGUUUGCUGAGAAGUCCCUGGACAGGGAGGGUGGGGUCAGCCUUGAGGACUGGCUUUGUGCUCAGUAUUUGGCCUUUGCCACUCCAGACUCCCUCGGCUGCAUUGUGAAAACCCUGCAGCACCGCUAGUGUGUCCUGGUUGCUGCUUGUCUUUUGUGUUCACCUUCACGUCGCCCAUGCACUUCCCCUUCCUAGUACUCACACAGAAUUCAAGGAAAGAAGAGAGACCGACCUUCCAUCCCUCUCCAGGAAAAAUGAGUCUGCUCAGAAAGCUUACCCACAGUUCCAGAUCCAGUCAGAAGCUGGGUCUGUCUUCACUGCACAGAAAUUCGAUUGCACAGCCGUGCAGUCGCCUUCCAUUGGAACACCUUUCACCCUAAUUGUCCCCAAAUGCAGGUAAAAAAUGAAAACAUAUAUCCUUGAAGGGACAGCUCCUUUAGUAUGAACUCAUUGAGCUGUGUCCAGCUCCUCCAUAAUUCUGAAGACCACCUGUCUUUUUAACACCAAGUAUUUAUUCUCACUAGCAAUAGACAGAUUUGACCAGUCCUUACUAUCAUCCACUAAGCUCUCACAACAGAUUUUUUUUCUUCUUUAAAGUAUCAAUAACUGACUCUUACCAGGCAGAACUGCCAUCCUUAGCAUCAGCCCAGUCUUGUUUCUGGGGACUAUAGCCUUUGUUCCAGCAGAUAGUAGAAAGACAAGGAGAGAUUCCAUCCCUUGGGUCAUGGAUGCAUUUUCAUUUGUUAUAGGCAAGUGGGCGCACCACCUGGAGGAUGGCCCUAGCGGUCCCCUCUGCUGCCACUGCCUGAUUCUCCUUCACCUCUACUCUGUUCCCACUUGCCGAUGAAGUUUGGGUUUAUCAACCACUUGUGGCCCAUUAUAGAACUGACCCAAGGUGGUGUCUCCAAUGCCUCUCCAGGGUGAGUACAGUUCAGAUCUUAUAAAUAGCUGGCAGGACACCGGGAGAUGAUUUUCCACAUGUGCAGUUCCCUAGGGGCCACCAGGGGAAUAGCUGAAAGUGCUGUCUUUGAUUACUGUCAGAGCUGUCGGCGUAGACAGCCAGUGCUGGCGGAACCCAGCUCCCGGUGUUCCCCUGAGCAGUAAUUGGCCAGCUUCUUUCUAGCGGUGGCCAGUGUUAACUAGUCUACCAAAUGCUGUGGACAGCAGCCGUGAAUGAGACGGCUGUCAGUUGAGCUCUGAGAUCUGCUUAGAGGGCACGGUGUGCUGGCGAGAGGCCGGAGAGGGGAGGAGGCCACUGAUGAGACCGCUGGCCUCCUCCUCAGAACGCUGACCUUUGCUGAAGAGGCUGCCUCCCAGUUGCACUGCACAUCGCUCCUUGGGACUCUCCGAAAUGGCUCUGGAGGAUGGCUGGCAGCAAUUUCAAAUGCUGGGGUGGGUGCCUGUGAGCUGUGCACCAUACAUGGGCUCUGUGCUCCUCUCCUAUGAAUAUAUGUGCAAUUUUUGUAUGUAUUGUUUUAACUGUAUAUUACAGUGUUUAUGUGGCAACUUUACCUGAAGCAAGUUCUACAGAAAUCCUCCCCUUCUUCCCUUGGCACAUACGUGUUUGCGCUAAGAGAUGAGUGUUCCUUCCGGGUAGUGGGGGUGGGAGGUGACAUGUGUGUGCUUGUUUUCUUCAAAACUGUGAGUAUCUGUUUACUUCAACCUUGAAAUCCCAAGAGUCACUCAGACGGUGUAAGUGUGUGUACAUGUGGGUGCACACACGUGUGCUGGAAGUAGAGGCCAGGCCUCUGAGGGGAACAACCUGUGGCGGGGUUGAUGGACACGUUCUCUGCAUCUAGUCGGCGAGGGAGCUCUGGGACCCUCCUCUGCCAGCGCAGAGUUCCUUAAAAGCCAAGACUGAUUGUGCAGUAUUACUUAGAUAGCACAUUAGUGGCCUUUUGGAAGUUUCUAAACUUUUAACAUUUUUAACAGCCUUUCAUAUGAUUCACCUAUAUCAAAGAGGAUCAAGAAAGGAGAAGAAUGUAUUUUAUUGUGAUCUUCUUUGGUUUUGUUUUGUUUUGUUUUGUUUUAAGAAAACGGGACACGUGAGGCUCCAAAGGGAGGAUGUCCCUGUCCUCCUGGCCAGCAGUACAGGACUCCCAAGGAAAAGGACUCACUGGCCCACAGGGUCUGGCCUCCUCUAGCCAGAGAGCAGGGCUCUGCCCCGAGGAAUGGCCACAGAGGGGGCGUGCCGCUGCAGGCCAGCAGUCCUCUCUGUCUCAGUGUCCUGUGGCCUGGCUGCGCCUUGCCUGGCAGACUGUGUUUAGUUCACCGUAGCAUAGCCCAUGUGCACAUAACUCCUUGCCUAAUUAAUACACUGAAGUAGCAGCACACAGACCACUGGCCAUGUCGGCCAGCACAUUCCCCCAGCAGUCCUCCCUCCCCUCCCCCAGACGGUUUGCAGAUUGAGACACUUUCUCAAUGUCAUUCUUGUGGUGCCUUGCCCAUGUAAAUUUGAAUGUUGACUAUUUAAUGAGGUUUCAUAUUUAAUGAAGAAUGUUCCCUGGUCCCUCUAUUUGCUUAUUGGCUCUCUAGAUAUCCUCUUUCAUUUCUCUUCUUUUUUAUUUUAUUUUAUUUUUUUUUCUGUUUGACUUGGAUCCAGUCUUCUUCAUUUUAACCCUAUGGUAUUAUAGGCAUGGACACUCCCCACUACCGUCAUCUUUCAGCACUGGUAAACUGAGCACCUCCUUCACAUCAGAUUUGUUUAGUACUGUUUUUAUAUUCAAAUUUGUGAAGGCCAAAAGAUGAAUGCCAACUAGUCAGAGAAGGGCCUCAGGCUUCCCAAAGGCAGGUGGCUAGAUUAAUUUUUCUCUGAGUGGUGGCUGAGGAAUGUGAGGGAGAGGGAAAGGGGUGUUAGAGCAGAACAGACAAGAUAACUGUAUUUCUAGACAAGAAGUUCUCCAUCAGAUGGUCCUUGGAAUAUUUUUCCAGAAUAAUGAAAUUCAGUCAAUCUAAUAUCAUCACAAGUAGUUUUUUACAGUCCCAUUUUAAUUAUAGUAGAAUCUUUGAAUUCAUUCAUCAACUGGCAAGAAAUCCUACCUUCAGACAUCUGUAUAUACAUGAGUUUUGCUUUAUGACUAGUAUUAGCACUUUAUGUUUUCUCGAGUAACAUCCAGUUAUUGUCUUCAAUAUUAAUUGGAAUUUUUUUCUAUUCUGUUGAAGUCUGUGCUACAGAUUCUUCCAUUUAUAUUGAGAGUUUGAACAAUUAAGCCAUCAUUGGGACUUUACCUUAAGCCGCAUGAGCAAGAACAAUUUCUCUGACACAUUUUGGUGCUAGAGAAACAGGGAAAUGGGGGGAGUAGCAAAGACCAAGACUGAAUGUAUAGCAGAGUGCCUUGUUAGAGUGACAACCUAGUCUUGGAAAGAAGAGAAUCCCAUGUCCUGCGGAGAGGACUAGGACUACGUGACUUCUCCCACGCCGGCCUGAGGAAGAGCCCCUUUGAUAAAUGUACACCGACGUGAUGCUCAGAAGCUAAUUUGUGGAGAAUAACUGCAGGAUGGGACAAAGAGCAGUUGCAACCUAUGGAGUCAACGAAAGAAUCCCUAGACGAAGUUAGAAUUGGAGGCCAGGACUAUAGCAGUCGGCUCCAAGCUUUGCCCUCUGGAGAUGAACUGGGUAAAGGUAGACAGGGCCCAAGCACCCAUGCUACUGAUGUUGGGGCCUAACAUAUGCUUGUUAGGAUUUGAAGAGGCUGAGUAGCCUUCCGUUGUCAGAUUAAGUGGAGGCCAGUUUUGCUUCCAGACUCGGAAGAAGUUUGUUACCAUGGGAAACUGUUAAGCCAAGAGAUCUAAACCUCUAGAAAUAUUAAUGAUAUUUCUGGAAGUAAAACUGUAUUUUAAAGUUUCUAGCAUUAUAAGUUUUCAUGAAGGAUCUUUGGGGCCUACUACAUAGUAGGGCAUGGAAAGAUUGCACUCAGCUUCCCAAAUUUGAAUUAAAAAUACUUUGAUGCUGGGAAGUAACCUGACCUGGUUUUGCUGGUAACCUGCAAAUAAUAUUUUUCCCUAGAUUAUACGGACAGUGAUCUGAAAAAAAUACAGACCAGUCCCAGAAGUCAGGAUGUACUUAGGAUACUGCCCUAUAUUCCAAAUGAUUCUAGAUGUAUGAAUAAAGUACAAACAUACUUGAAGACGAAGGAGAGAGAAACUUGGCUCUCCAGGCCAACUCUGACAUGUUUUUUAUUUCCCUCGCUAGUUGAUAAGGAUUGAAAAUUCUGGUCCAGCCUAAUGAGUGAACAGGAUGGCUGCCCACAAAACCAGGUUAUUAGUUUUACCUCAUUGAAGCUCAUAUUCUCAGAGGCCCAAAGUGCUGUGCCGAGACAAAUCCAAGUGCUGCUCUUGCUGAAGUGUGCACUGAAGUCCAGCUGCCCGUGUUUACGGCAGUGCCCAAAGUCGGGGUUCCAUGGACCAAAACUGAUGCCACAAGGGAAGCCAGAGGAGCUACAGUGCAAGAUCCUAGAUAGAGAUUAUACCAAAGAAAUCAAGCCUUUUUGUCCUGAUGCUUGAGUUAUGACAGAUGCCAGAGAAGAAGAACUCACAUACAUUCCAUGUCAAGGUAUUUGGCUGAUAAAAUAAUCCAUCCUCCAAACAAAGCACCUAUCUUUUUAAAAUAAGUCCAUUUUGUAUAUUAGGAAAAAAAGAAAAGAUGAUGGUGAUGGUGAAAGUCUGGGACAGACAGUGAUAUUUCCCAGUAAUUAAGGAGAAGGAGCCAGCCCCCGCUCUCCCUGUGAUGUGACUGUGGCCGUUGCCCGGACUUCGGUUUGGGAACUUCAUCAUGUCCGUGUGAUUCGGAAAGCUGAGCAAUCUUUUCUAAGAGAUGUGGUAGUUUCAACAGCUUUGUUUAAAGAGCUCCUGGGAGAUUUCUUAACAAAUUCUAGUAGUUUUUAUAAACCUUCCUACAGAGGUGGUUACCACUCAUCACCAUCAUUUAAUAUUUAUAAGUGCCCAGAAUGUACAAGGUGCUAUACAGCUGUUACACAUCCCCUCUCUGCAGCUGUUUGAAAUUAGAGUAGGUUUUUGCAUCAGCCACUGCUACAAGCUUCCCCACCUAAGUGGGCUACAGGGGCCUGCGUUCCGGACAUCCCAUUACGUUUCCCACUCCAGAGAGCCUCUGGGCUCCUUCCAGCUUCUCACCUUCACCCAUCCCACUCACCCUCAUGCUUUUUUUUUAAUCCAGAAAGUUUCAGGGAAUCAAAAGAGGUUGGAAAUUUUUUAACCUAGCAGAAGUACAGAAUCCUAUAUUUUGCUACAAUUAUUAUCGUAUUAUGGAAAAUCCACUUUGCCCGUAUAGUGUGUGGAAAGUAUCCGUGUGUCUGCACUCAUGAUAACUUGAAUGUUGAACAGCCCUAUGGCUUCAGGGUAGCAUUUUUGAAAGAUAAACCACACUGCUUCAGGAAACCUGCUCCAAGUACUACUUGGUUAUCCGUUCCCUCACCAGUUUGAAAGUUAUGCGUGAACAUACUGGGUUGGGAUUUUCUGUUGAUAUGCAGGGCAUUUGGGCAUGAGAUCGGGGCAGAAGCAAGAUGUCCUCCUUCUCAGCAUUUGAAUCAUGGCAGUCUUCAUUCCAGUCUCACCUUAGUUCCCCAUGGCUCUGCCCACACUCUGUAUUUGAAAAUCUGGUUCUCUUGCUCUUUCCUGGAGCUUUAACCCUCUGCACAUUUUAGAGUUGUAUAAAUCUACCAACGCAAGGUUCCCUCUGUCACCAGGUGGUGCCGCCCUUUGGUUUGCUGUGGUACUUUGCUGUGUUCUCUGUGGCAUCAUGUUACUGUGUAAAUAAAUUUGUUUUAAUAUACACUAAAAA